AUGAAUCUAUCAGGAAGAAUUUUGUUGGACAUGUUUUUGAAGAGACCAAGGAGAGUAAGUCUCCGUGGACGGCCUUUGAAUCAUUUAGCUCUAAAACCCGGAAGAUAUUCGCGGACCACGACGGAAGAGACAUUUCCUCUCUUUCGGUACAUGUGCAGCUUCAUUUGCAACGAGACCGCUGGGCUACGACCGAGCAGCCUUGGUUCAGCGAUAUUGAAGUCCUCUGCUUAUGGUUGAGGUGUGUUCUAGGUCCAGCGACGCUUGAAGCAUAUAAAGAAAAAUAGCCGCUCAAUUUUCCCUCAUAUCCUAGUGUUAUACGCAAUGCCAUAGGUGUGUUACAGUCACUAAUCAGGGACUACUCCUACGCACCUCCUGCUCCAACGCACCUCCUGCUCCUACUCACCUCCUGCUCCAACGCACCUCCUGCUCCUACUCACCUCCUGCUCCUACGCACCUCCUGCGCCUGCGCACCUCCUGCUCCUACGCACCUCCUUCGCCUGCGCACCUCCUGCUCCUACGCACCUCCUGCUCCUACGCACCUCCUGCGCCUGCGCACCUCCUGCUCCUACGCACCUCCUGCUCCUACGCACCUCCUGCUCCUACGCACCUCCUGCUCCUACUCACCUCCACCUUGUUGACUUCUAGCUUGUUGACUUGUAGCUUGUUGACUUGUAGCUUGUUGACUUUUAGCUUGUUGACUUUUAGCUUAUAGUUUGAAGGAUAAUGUUGAUUGUUGUGAUGUUCCCACUCCGCGGUGUUUCUAACCAUAGGAAAAAGCGGAAAAUGAUGAUAGCGUCGAGGACGAAACGGAGAGCGGAAAACUUAUAGCAUGGAGAAGGGAGUGUGGCCAGGCUAUGAACGGAUAGAGACUUUUGGAGAAAGUCAAAGUUGUAUUUGUAAUCAAGAAGUUGUACUUGGUAUUUGUAGCCGGUGAUCAAGAAUGAUUACUUACGUGUAGCUAACUUAAUACUACCACGGACGAACGAUGUAAAAUUUUAGUAUUUGCUUUUCUGUAGAAGUACAAGGACUUCAAACAAUAGACAAGAGAAGACCCCAUCCUUCAUUUUUACAAUCGUCGAGAAGUUAUUUCCAAUGUUGCCAGGAGCAGGAAUCAGAGAUAUUCCUUCGUUCCACAAGACGCUCAACCUCAAAAAACGCCCAUCAGCUGCUAUGUUUUCUACUACGUCGGACGAGAGCCUGGGUAAGGUACUGACGCAGUUCCCACUACUUGGUUUAUAGAACAAGAUGGCAAGGACAUACUAAGCAAGGAGAAAUAGGACGUUUCUCUGUAACUUCCUAUACUAUGUCAUCACACAUAUCAAGGAUAGGGUGUCAACGCAUGAAGUCCAGGAUAAAUAGGACGUUUCUCUGUCGGCCCCUGACCCCAUACUGAAGAUAAGCAAACUUUCACACAUUUUUAUUUUGAAGAGUCAGCACGUCGAAACCACACAAUCUUGACAACAUUCACAUUGUCCAUCAACAAACCACUCAAAACAAAAUCACUCUACUCCUAACAAAAUUUAACUAAGUAUUCAUAACAAUCUAUGAUGACAAUCAGGUUGACGAUGGUGGGGAAUCUGAUGAGCUUGAGCCUCUGAUAGGAGCACCAGAGUUGAAUAUUGAAGCUGGCUGGUGGAGCAGAAAACUCCGAAAAGCGAAAAGCAUGUGGGCAGAACUACCAUUAUGGCAAAUAACUCAUCAUUCUAAAGAUAGGAGGACCAAAUUGUGUUGAUGAUUUUUGCAACCUCAUCAUUCUCAAGAAAGAUCAACCUCAACAUCCUGAAGAAAUCGUUUCCUGUGGUUGCUGAUUCUUUAUCGCUUUUUCUUCCUUGUUGUAAGGUUGAUGACAAGUUUUUUGCUUUUUUUAGUCAGGGCUUUACCUUCACCCCCGAAUUAGUGAGGUCAUCAGACUCGUAGAACAACCAUUACUUCUGAGACUCCGUGUGAUACCUUCAACAGUAGAUGACAGAGAACUACUAGAUGAAGUUGCAUAUCACCGAAGGUAGUACUCAACUGAAAGACCAAACUUGUACGGCGUACAGCCUUACUAGUUUUCGCCAUGAGAAGUAUGAGUUUGUGAAGAGAGGUAUUGCUUUACACCACUAAUACCGUUUUUCUGGUUGCCCGGGGAGGAUGUGGACUUGGUGGAAUCGUGA